AGAUCACAGAAGGCGGCUGAGGAUAUUUUGUACAGAACAACCAAAUUAAAGGAAACAGAAGAUUGCAAGGAUAUAUACAUAAAGAAAAAUAGAAAUGAAGAAGAAAGAAGGAAAUGGAACGAACUACUAGCAGAGGCGAAGGAGAAGAAUAAUGAAAGAUCUGUGGAAGAAAAGGAGAUAUUUUUUUGGAGAAUAGUAGGGGACCGAGUCAGAAAGUGGUACACAAGAGAGAGGAUAAAGAAGAACGAAAGUUAGAAAAGAUAGAUAAGAGUAAAUGUUUAAGAGUGAUGUAUACAAAUGUAGAUGGAUUAAUAACUAGUAAAUUGGAACUGCAAGAUUUCAUAAAGGAGAAAGAACCAAUGAUCGUAUGCUUAACGGAAACAAAACUGAACGAAGCUAUUAAAUUAGAGAUAAAUAAAAACUAUGAUAUAUGGAGGAAAGAUAGAAUGGGCAAAGGGGGAGGUGGAGUGAUGAUAAUGACAAAAAAGGAGUUAACAGUGAAAGCGGUAGAAUACGGUGAAGGUAAAGCUGAAAUUGCGAAAGUAAAUGUGGAAACCAAAAACAAGGAAAGGUUGACAAUUAUAACCGCAUAUGUACCACCCAGAACAAACUCAUGGUGUAAGGAAGAGCACGACACUGUGAUCAAUGACACUAUACGGAGUUUAAGCAAAAUGCUAAAGGAAGACAAAAAAGUUAUGCUAGUUGGUGACUUCAAUUGUAAAGAGAUUGACUGGGAGACAUUCGAGAGUAAUAGUGGAGAUAACGCAUGGGGAGAUAGAUUCCUAAGAUUGAUGAUGGAGAAUCUUAUGAUACAAAGAGUGAAUGAACAUACAAGAUAUAGAAGUGACGAUGAACCAGCAAGACUGGACCUAGUACUAACAAAAGGAAUAUACAUCAAGGAUGAACUAAGGUAUGGAUGUCCACUGGGCAAGAGUGAUCAUGUAACCAUAGAGAUUGAUACAGAAGUGGAGGUUACUAAAGAGGACGAAUCCUACAAAUCAAACAGGCUAAACUAUAUUAAGACAGACAUGGAAAACCUUCGGAAGUUUUACAAGAAAGUGGAAUGGGAUGAGUUACUGAGAAAAAAUAAAGUACAAGAAAAGUAUGAUAUCUUUAUGGAAGCCUAUAACACUGGUGUCAAAAAAUAUGUACCUGUAUAUAGACCCAAAGUUAAGGGUAGGAAGGACUGGUUUAAUGCCAAAUGUGCAAACGCAAAAGAAAAAAGGGACAAAGCAUGGAAAAGACUAAAAAGAAGGAAGAAUCAAAGAAACAAAGAAGACUUCAGAAUGGCGAGAAAUGAAUAUGUGAAAAUAAGGAAAGAAGAAGAAAAGGGAUAUGAGAAGGAUAUUGUGGAAAAUGCAAAGAACAGCCCAAGUUGUUUUACAGAUUUAUAAAUGGGAAGACUAAACCGAAAGAAACAAUAGAAAGACUGAGAGACGGGAAUGUGGAAGUCAAUGACCCUAAAGGUAUGGCAGAGUUAUUAAAUAGAAAAUUCCAGCAAGUCUUUACCAAAGAAACAAUCUUUAUUGCGCCACAAGAGAAUAAAAUAGAAGUUCAUAUGGAAGAGAUUAUGGUAAACAAAGAAGAGAUCCAUAAAUUACUGGGAGAACUAGAAGAGGGAAAAGCAGUAGGACCGGAUGGAGUUUCUGGGUAUAUUUUUUAAAAAAUGUAGAGAUGAAUUAAUUGUUCCAAUAUACGACAUCAUUAGAUGCUCAGUAGCAACAGGUACGGUGCCCAAUGAGUGGAGAAGGGCUGAAGUGGUCCCCAUAUAUAAAAGUGGAAGGAAAGAUGAACCUUCAAACUACAGACCCAUAUCCCUGACAAGUGUUUUGUGCAAAAUAUGUGAGAAAAUAAUAAAGAAGCAGUGGACUAAAUUUCUAGAAGAGCAUAAGUUAAUUACCAGCAAACAAUAUGGAUUUCAAAAGGGCCGAUCAUGUGUUACAAACUUACUCAGUUUUUACUCAAGAGUAACAGACAGAAUUCAGGAAAGGGAUGGAUGGGUUGAUUGUAUUUAUCUAGAUUUGAAAAAGGCCUUUGACAAAGUUCCACAUACAAGACUAUUAUGGAAACUGGAAAAUAAAGGAGGAUUGAAAGGAAAUAUGAAAAAAUGGAUGGCAAGCUACCUAAUGGGAAGGAGAUGAGAACUGUGGUCAAGGACAUAAAAUCAGAAUGGAGAAAUGUAGAAAGCGGAGUACCACAGGGUUCAGUAUUAGCACCGAUAAUCUUCCUGGUAUAUGUAAAUGACAUGGCUGAAGGAGUUAAUAGCUACAUAAACCUGUUUGCUGACGACGCUAAAUUACAAAAACAUAUAAGAAACAAAGAAGAUUGUGAAAUAUUGCAAGAAGACCUAUACAAAAUUUGGAAAUGGAGUAUGGAUUGGGAGAUGGAAUUUAAUGUGAAAAAAUGUCAUGUUAUGGAAAUGGGUAAAAGUGAAACAAGACCAAUCUGGAUAUACAAAAUGGGAAAUGGUGAAACAUUAAAAAAAGUGCAUGAAGAGAGAGACCUGGGAGUAGUGAUGAGGGAUGAUAAUCAACCAGAGAGUCAUAUAAAUCGGAUCUUUAGAGACACAUAUAACUUGGUGAGAAAUAUUGGAGUAGCAUUUAGCUACAUGGACAAGGACAUGAUGAGAAGGCUAAUCACUACCAUGAUUAGACCAAAAUUAGAAUAUGCAGAGGUAGUGUGGUCCCCCCAUAAGAAGAAGCAUAUAAAGAAACUAGAAAGAAUACAGAGGAUGGCAUCAAAAAUGGUCCCAGAGUUGGAGGGAUUAAUAUACGAGGAAAGAUUAAAGGAAAUGAACUUAACAACACUGGAACAAAGAAGAGAAA